AUGGUCGAUCAUCCACUGGAAAGUCCAUUGCGUGUGAGAAUCAGAGCAGGCGAUCAUCCCGUGUUGCAGUCGUGCCUUGUAGCAGAUACAGAAUACCUGGCCACUUCAGCGUUGAAGAACUUCCAUCCCGCAAUUUAUGGAAGCAAAGUGUCUAAAUUGUUUGAUUAUUUUACACGUAGCCUGCCAAUAUUAUCUAAGGAUGACCCCGAACAAUUUCUUCCAAUUGUUGCGAGUUGGAAGAACGAGAAAACCAGCCCAGCUUUUGCCAUUCAUUGCAUGGAAUCGGUUGAUACCCUCCACCGACAAUUGGAAAACAUGACGGAGACAAAGCGGCUGCAUAGUUUGAACAGCGCUGAGUUGGAAGGGUUCCUCGGUGCGAUAUGCAGGGCCAGGGGAGUUGAAUAUACGAGAGAGCAUGCCGCAGUUCUAGAUGAGUAUAUACAGUAUACGAGUGAGUUACAGGAGUCGCUGACCAAACGUGAUAUUUUAGAAGGCUUUCCAGCUUACCACCAAGAAGUGACGUCGGGCGAUAAAUUUGAAGAAUUUAAAGCCCGAGUGAAAGCUAUUGAAAGCCGAUCACCAAAGGAGACCACACUUGAAAGUGAUAGAAACGAUCAUUCAAGGGAAAGCAUAGGAAGAUUACAGAGGCAAAUUAUCUGCCAUUUCCUCGAGAGAGAAACUGAAGUCAAAGAGCCCUCUGAAAAUGACACAGCCCAUUUUAAACGAAAGACAGGAAUUGAUCUUGUGCCCGCCCUGAAAUCCCGAGGAUGGCCGAAGUCUGCACGAGACUGGAUCGAAAGAGAGCGGAAAUGGCCUUCCAUCAAAAUGGUGACUAAGAUCAUUGACGAAGGCUACCACCUGGUUGUCAAAUCUCCAAAGUACAGUGAAAUUCCCGAGUGCGACUUCAGAAUCUCAUUUUCUCAUGCAGAGUACCUGUUAAGCCAAGAGAUGAACGAAAUCCAACGCGAGUGUUACCAUUGUUUGAAGAAAUUGCACCGUGCCUAUCUUUCCAGUCCAGCAGGUUUGGUGUCGUUCCACCUCAAGAACCUCUUUUUGCAAACAAUAGAGGAGACUGGUGCCGAGAUGUGGACCGCGGACAAAAGAGCCGAGUGCAUGAUGAAGCUCCUCGAAAACCUGCUAAAAGCUUUGAAAGACAAAGACUUGCGACAUUUCUUCGUGAGAUCCUACAAUCUCUUUGGUGUUGAUUACAUUGUCAAACCCGAAAAUCUGACAUCUUUGGCCGAAGAGAUGGAGAAGAUUAUGGAAAAUCCGUUGGACUUUUCCCAAGCGUUGAUCCAGCAGAGUGAAGACAAGAAGAAAAUUCAAAAGGAGACAUUCGAAAAACAGAACAAGCAAGGGGUGCCUUCAACAUCGGGACACGGAAGAACAGCUGAACCAAGCGGCGACAAUGAAAAACGACUUCCAAAUCAUCGAUACCAUGACUUGCAAGAUAUGUACCUCCAAGUCGGCAAAGAGUUAGUGGAAAAAGCUUUAAACGGAGAUGAAAUCCAUGAUCCUCUUGAAAGAUCCCUGGUAAAAGAUCUCAAAGAAAUGAUGCAAAGCCAUGAUUUUCAGACUGAAAAUUUCCUUCAAAUAUUGAGAAAAGGCUGGUCCAAUGCUUAUUUCAGGAUCUGCCUCAGUACCGAGCUGGAAAUGAGGCGCCGAAUGCUUGAUGCAAUCCGCGGUGAUGUCGAGAUGUGGAAGUACCUUUUGAGGCAGGAAGACCUGGCGUCAGGGAACGAAGAAGCCAUAGCCAACCGAAUGCUGGAUCCAUCCAAUGAGGAUCGUUUUGACCUAAGCAACAUCCUUCCAGCUGGUGGAUUAGUUAAGGUCAUGCGCAUGUUCCUCAAUGGUCUUGACCACGUGCCACCUCAACCAGCGCAUGUGCAGACGACCCAGGCUGUGGAUGCUAUACCUUUAGACUGAACUGAACUAUUAACCGAGGAAUAUAACCUACUUCGCUUUUAGAGUUACUCCCUUUUAAUUGACUGCCUAAAGAAAAACGCGCUGGAAUUUCCUACAUAAUGCGAUGUACCCACUAACGAGACAAAAACAAGUAUGCGUUUUUCUUUAUGAUAAAACGUUUUUUCGCUUUUUAACUGACCAUAAACUGUUUUAUGAUUUUUUUUUAAAAAUGUGUACUUGACAACUGUUGCCAAGUACUUUAAGGCGGCGCUCGAUUCCGUUUGCAUGGUUUUCGCGUUUGUUACAGAUUUCAAGCAUGUAUGCGUUUUUGCUAUUGGAACUCGUCGUAUGUGCCUCAGUGGCUGUUAUGUAUUUUUCCUGUUUUGAUUGACUUUGGUUGCAUAAAUUUUCCUUAAUUUGACUAAAGAAACAACCUAUAUAAUGCUCUCGAUAGUAUUUCUAGACACCAGUCCCGAGUCCAUUCCAGAGUUCAUUCUAAUAUUUCCAGCUGGCCUCUAAAUACUGGCUGCAAAUUGGACACUGAAUGCUAUUAAAAGGGGAAAGCCGAAAAGUCCAAACAGUUUGGCAUUGAUAGCGUGAAAACCGACUUCAAAUAUGGCUAAAUUCGCAAAACCGAACUUUUCGACGUCCUGCCCCCUCCCCCCCUCCCCCUCCCUCACCCGCUUUCCCUCCUUAUUUUGGCCGAAAGAGGUUGGCCUGGGUGAGAGAAUUACUCACCUUCGAAACUGAAAAUACUUUGGACCUGAUUGAAUUAUUUUACGUGCCUUUGUUUCGCUUUUGUUUCGAGUAAUAAUGGCUGUGUCGAGACCCUGUGCUAAUGAAGAGGAACUGAACCUCGUGUUUAAGUGUCUUGGGGAGCGAGGAAGAGAAGCAGAGUUGGUUAAAGAGUACGACGAAAAAUGUCUCAGCUUUAUUUUGGCGAAGCUCACGGAGGCCUCGACUAAAUUUACCGAAAAAAAACUUGCAGUCCGACCCUAUGGCAGUGCAGCGGAAGAUUUGAAGUGCUUAUCGCCAGAAAAUUAUGGAGAUAUGGACAUUAUGGUAUUCCCAACCACAGAUAGCUUCAUCAUUCACGAAGACAUGCUCGAAUAUUUACCAGAAAACCCCCUCUAUGUAAGGAUCAGAGCAAGCGAUCAUUCCGUGUUUCAGUCGUGCCUUGUAGAAGGUACAGAAUACCUGGCCACUUCAGCGCUGAAGAACUUCGAUUCUGCGAUUUAUGGGAACAAAUCGCCCGAAUGGCUCGAUUAUUUGAAAUAUAGCUUAAGCAUAGUCUCCACCGAUCAUUGUUCGCCCUCUCUUCCGUUUGUCUACGAUUGGAAGAACAACGAAGUAGGCCCGGCGUUUACGAUUGAUUCCAAGCAGUGGUUUGGAACGACCCUCCAACAACUGCAAAACGUGACUGAGUCAAAGAGGGGUUGUAGCUGCGAAUUGGCCGAUUGGGAAGGGCUGGCUAGCUCGAUGUUCAAUGCAAAUGGAAUUGAUUACACACGAGAACACGCUUCUGUUAUUGAAGAUUUACUUCGCUGUUUGGGUGAAUCACAGGCUUCGCUGAUUGAAAGUGGCCCAGAUGGAUUUAUCCGUGGACUACCCACCCUCUUUCAAGAAUUUAUAUCAAGCGAUGAGGUGAAAAGCUUCAUAACCCGAGUCCAAGCUAUUGAAAGUCGAAAACAAAACGAAUGUGGAAGUCGGGCGGAAGCGAUCUGUCACGAGGAGACCGGUGUCACGCAACAAAAGUGUCACACUAACGAAGUUGAAAGAAAUUCAGAACCUGCCCAUUUUGGCCCCAGUGUCACGGCACAAAAUCGUAGCGACGCUCAGACGCCUGGCAAUCAAGACUUGGAGUCCACCUCUUCUGAUGAGAUUGACAAUACACGAAUCCCAUACGAGUCAGUGACUGAACAACAAAACGACAGGGAAGGUGCGCGAGAAACGAUCGAAAAGACCUCAAAACAAGAUGGCGGAGCGGUUCAAAAGGAAUCCAAACCACAGUUGAAGAACUGCGGUGAAAAAGAAGGACCGACCUCAAAAGAUGCAACAGUAAGUGACAGAGCCAAACAUGUGGUGGAAUCUGGAGAAAGAGAGAAAUUUGAUCUCAAACGAUGGCUCAACCAUUUGAUUGGGGAAGAAAGUGGAAACAAGGAACAUCGUAUCGAAGAGAGAGACUCUAUCACGCGUAAGAGGGGAAUUGAUCUCGUGCCUGCUUUAAGAUCCCGAGGAUGGCCGAAGGCUUCACGAGACUGGCUCGAAAGAGAGCGGAAAUGGCCUUCCGUCGAAUUGGUGACUAAGAUCACUGACGAAGGCUACCACCUAGUUGUCAAAUCUCCAAGGUACAGUGAAAUUCCCGAGUGCGACUUCAGAAUCUCAUUUUCUCAUGCAGAGUACCUGCUAAGCCAAGAGAUCAACGACAUCCAACGCGAGUGUUACCGUUGUCUGAAGAAAUUGCACCGUGCUUAUCUUUCCAGUCCAGCAGGUUUGGUGUCCUUCCAUCUCAAGAACCUCUUUUUGCAAACAAUAGAGGAGACUGGUGCCGACAUGUGGACCGAGGACAAAAGAACCGAGUGUAUGAUGAAGCUCCUCGAAAACCUGCUAAAAGCUUUAAAAGACAAAGACUUGCGACAUUUCUUCGCGAGAUCAUACAAUCUUUUUGGUGUUGAUUACUUUGAGAAUCCCGAAAAUCUGGCAUCUCUGGCCGAGGUGGUGAAGAAUAUCAUGGAAAGUCCGGUUGAGUUUUGCAAAGCACUGAUCCAGAAAAAUGAAGAUGAUACGAAGCAACUUAAAAAGAAUGAACCACAACAAGACAGCGGGCGAGCGGUACCUGGAAGAGCAGCUGAACCAGGAAGCGUCGAUAACAACCAAGGAAACAAAGAAAUUACGACAGAUACUGUGUUGCACAGCCCUAAACAAUGUAGCAACCUACUUCCAAAUUAUAGAUACCAUGACAUGCAAGAUAUGUACCUCCAAGUCGGCAAAGAGUUGGUGGAAGAAGCUGUAAACGGAGAUGAAAUUCAUGAUCCUCUUGAAAGAUCCCUGGUAAAAGAUUUCAAAGAAAUGAUACAAAGCCAUAAUCUUCAGACUGAGCAUUUCCUUCAAAUGUUGAGAAGCGGCUGGUCCAAUGCUUAUUUCAGGAUCUGCCUCAGUACCGAGCUGGAAAUGAGGCGCCGAAUGCUUGAUGCAAUCCGCGGUGAUGUCGAAACGUGGAAGUACUGUUUGAGGCAGGAAGACUUAGCGUCAGGGAACGAAGAAGCCAUAGCCAACCGAAUGCUGGAUCCAUCCAAUGAGGAUCGUUUUGACUUAAGCAACAUAGUUCCAGCUGGUGGCCUUGGACAGUACCUGCGCAUGUUCCUCAAUGGUCUUGACCACAGGACACCUCAACCAGCACAAGUGCAGACGACCCAGGCUGUGGAUGCUACACCUUUAGACUGA